AGAGCAUUACAGCGAGGAAGGCUCCACCAGAUGGCAGUUUAGGAUUGUUCCUUUCUGCUCCAAGGCGCGGUUCCCGCUUCUCACGACAUAUUUACAAUAUUAAAAUCUACACACUUUUAUCAGAUAUAUCGAUUUUUUAUUUCGGAAGACAGUAAUCGAUUGGUCGAUGGCCUGUAAAGGGGCUGGUGUGUUAUGAGGUGCUGUGUCCCCAGUGUUGAGUGAAUUUGGUCACCCCUCUGUAACCCCCCCCCACACGCACACGGUUGACCCCGUACCGAGCCACACCCCUCCCUCCAGCGGACCCUUUCCUGAGGACACACAUCCCUCCCCUGCAGCAGUCAGGAUGAUCACCUCUGAGCUGCCUGUCCUACAGGACUCGUCCAAUGAGAGCGGAGCGGCAGACACAGUGAGUCUGAGUGUGAGUGUGAGUGAGCUGGAGGACCCGACAGACACUAAAGGCAAGAAGAAGAGAGGGAGGCCUGGCAGACCACCAGCAGCCAAUAAGAAGCCUCGGAAGUCCCCAGCGGAGAAGGCUACAGGCGGMGCUAAAGGGAGGAAGGCCAAUGGGGUCCCUCAGACCAACGGCGAGGGAGGAGASCCCGUCACUCUGUUUGAGGUGGUCAGAAUGGGAAAGAGUGCCAUGCAGUCUGUGGUUGAUGACUGGAUCGAGUCGUACAAGCAGGACAGAGARAUCGCCRUACUGGACCUCAUCAACUUCUUUAUCCAGUGUUCUGGCUGCAAAGGCACCGUGCGCAUUGAGAUGUUCCGGAACAUGCAGAACGCUGAGAUCAUCAGGAAGAUGACAGAGGAGUUUGACGAGGACAGUGGGGACUACCCUCUCAUACGCAUGUCCUCACCCGGGUUUGGGAUUGGCUGCGGCGUUUUAAUGUCACUAGUUGUGAUUGGUUGUUCUAGGGGCAGCGAGGAUGCGUUGUCCAAUGAGGACUGCGAGAAUGUCUACCACCUGGUUUACUCCGCCCACAGACCUGUCGCCGUGGCAGCAGGAGAGUUUCCUGCACAGGAAGUGAGUCGUCUGAGUCAGACAUGACCCCAGGCAGAGGAGGAGUUGGCUAAGAGGAGAGGGAGGAGCAGCCCCAACGGCAUCCUCCGCAUGCUGGUGCUGUUCUUCUUGGAGAGUGAGCUUCAUGAACAUGCAGCCUAUCUGGUGGACUCUCUGUGGAGAGAUUCUCAGAGCUGCUGAAGGACUGGGUGUAUGACUGAAUUACUGCUGGAGGAGCCUGUACAAGGAGAGGAGGACAGACAGGAGAGUUCCCUGAUAGAGUUGAUGGUGUGACAUCCCGGCACGGCAGCAGAGGCUCACCCACCGCUCGGCAGGGGCACUCGGGAAACGUUGUUCUCAGGCGAGGAGAGGAAGACUCAGAUCGACGACAAGAACAAACUGACAGAACACUUCAUCAUGGCCCUGCCCAUGCUCCUGUCCAAGUACCAGGCCGACUCUGAGAAGGUGGCUAACCUGCUACAGAUCCCCAUGUUCUUUGACCUGGACGUGUACAGUGCUGGGCGUAUGGAGAAGCACCUAGAUGCCUUACUGAAGCAGAUCCGCCUGGUGGUAGAGAAACACAUUGAGACAGACGUGCUGGAGGCCUGCAGUAAGACCUACAGCAUCCUGUGUUCUGAAGAGUACACCAUCAUGAACAGAGUGGACAUCGCCCGCUCGCAACUCAUCGACGAGAUGACGGACCGCUUCACACACUCCGUAGAAGACCUGCUGCAAGAGGCCGAGGAGGCCGACGACGACGACAUCUACAACGUUCUGUCUACCCUCAAGAGACUCACGGCCUUCCACAAUGCUCAUGACCUGACGCGGUGGGACCUGUUUGGUAGCUGCUACAGGUUGUUGAAGGCUGGUAUUGAGCAGGGGGCCAUGCCAGAGCAGAUCGCUGUCCAGGCCCUGCAYUGUUCCCACUACUCCAUACUGUGGCAGCUGGUGAAGAUCACAGAGGGAACUCCUAGUAAGGAGGACCUGGUGGCUCUGAGGAGAGUGGUGAAGUCCUUCCUGGCUGUCUGUCAGCAGUGUCUGUCCAAUGUCAACACACCUGUCAAAGAACAGGCCUUCAUGUUGUUGUGUGACCUGCUGAUGGUCUUCAGUCACCAGUUGGUCUCUGGGGGCAGAGAAGGCCUGGAMGCCCUGGUGUUCAACCCAGACAGCACCUUACAGAACGAGCUGCUCACCUUCAUCCUGGACCACGUCUUUAUAGACCAGGACGAUGAGAACCAGAGCAUGGAAGGCGAUGAGGAGGAUGAAGCCAAUAAGAUAGAAGCUCUUCACAAGAGGAGAAACCUGCUAGCAGCCUUCAGCAAACUCAUCAUCUAUGACAUCGUGGACAUGCCCGCUGCAGCAGACAUCUUCAAACACUACAUGAAGUAUUAUAAUGACUAUGGUGAUAUCAUCAAGGAGACUCUCAGUAAGACCAGACAGAGUGAUAAGAUCCUCUGUGCCAAGACCCUCAUCCUCAGUCUGCAACAGCUGUUCAACGAGCUUCUUCAGGACCAGGGUCCUACUCUGGACAGAACGUCGUCUCACGUCAGCGGCAUCAAGGAGUUGGCCCGGCGCUUCGCCCUCACCUUCGGCCUGGACCAGAUCAAAACCAGAGAGGCUGUCGCUACACUGCACAAGGAUGGUAUAGAGUUUGCCUUUAAGUACCAGAACCCCCAUGGUGCAGAGUUCCCUCCUCCUAACCUGGCCUUCCUAGAGGUCCUCUCAGAGUUCUCCUCCAAACUGCUGCGACAGGACAAGAAGACUGUUCACUCAUAUCUGGAGAAGUUUAUGUCGGAGUCGAUGUCGGAGCGUCGUGAGGACGUGUGGCUGCCGUUAAUCUCCUACCGGAACAGUCUGCUAACAGGAGGAGAGGAUGGGGACCGGAUGUCGGUAACGUCAGGCGCCAGCAGCAAGACCAGCUCCAUCCGCAGCAAGAAGGGACGGACGCCAAUACACAAGAGUAAACGCAUCGAGGAGGAGAGUAGUGUGGAGUCCUCCUGGCUUCGUGGUAAUGACAGCCUCCAGACACCGGGGGCGCUAACCACCCCUCAGCUCACCUCCACCGUCCUCAGAGAAAACCCACGGCAGGCGGCGGACACACACCUACCUGACCACGACUCUGAACCUGGCUCAGAGAACGACUAUGUACACAAUCCCCAGAUGCAGAUGUCUUGGCUAGGCCAACAGAAGAUGGAGGACAGCAGGAAGGAUAGAACAGCCAUGAACUACAUGAAGGCCCGCAACCAGACUGUCAGACAAACUGUUCGUGGUCUGAUGGAGGAUGACGCGGAGCCAAUCUUUGAGGACGUCAUGAUGUCAUCGCGAGGUCAACUGGAGGACAUGAACGAGGAGUUCGAAGACACCAUGGUCAUCGACCUGCCUCCCUCCAGGAACAGGCGUGAGAGGGCGGAGCUCAGACCAGACUUCUUCGACUCAGCAGCCAUGAUCGAGGACGAGUCGGGUUUCACCAUGCCCAUGUUCUGAUCCAGUGUUCCCAGUCCUUCCUGGAAGGGGAGGGGCCUUCUACAGGAUGAGCUGUCAAUCAAACAUCAGACUGUCUGUCAGAACUUUUAUCACACACACUUGAACACCCAGACGAACUCUGAUCAGCUAGUUGACGGCCUUGUGUGUGUGUGUGUGUGUGGAGUGGAUCUGUUGGGAUCUACCCUGAAGCUCCAGAGAUCCACUCACUGGCCGGCCGAAGGAUCCCACUCAACCCUGAGGACAAAAUAUCGUACAGAGUAUCUAUCGUACAUAGAGAAGAUCUUAUAUUGUUCAGUGGACGUGUGGGUGUGUUGGCUACAAACCGGACAGAAUAUCGGACAAAACAUUGUUCAACAUUUCUUUAAAAAUAUUGUAAACUUUCGGCCCUUCUUGUUUGUUCCCACUGACUUGUUUUAACUUCCUGUUAUUGUUAGCGUUUUGGCUAAUCUCUCCACUAGCUCUGUGGUACUCAUGGCCCUGUGCGCCCGGCUAUACAGUCCCCCAUGCCACACAGUUGUAUGGUUGUUUUGUUCCACUUCCGACGUCAUGUAUAGUCCUCCCACCCCCCCAGAUGGAACUUGAUAUUAAAUGUGAUAAUUCUUUACUCUUUUAUUUCUUAUCUUUACUCUCUCACUCCUGUCUCGUUCCUCUUUAUUCUCUCUUCCCCUUUGAUAGUGUUGAGAAUAUCCUGUAUUUAGUUUUAUUGGCAAAUGCACCAAACAGCAACCAAUGGGACAGAACUAGAAGAGUUCUCAUUGGCCAUACGAGGCUGUGACGUCAUAGCCAAAUCCCAAGCCCCUCCCCCUCAGCUCCAGACACACACCCACGGUGGAAUCACGGCUUUUUAAAAACGUUUUAAAAAUAAAUAUAUUUUGAAUUUCAGUAGCUUUAGUACAAAGUUUUAAAUCAAGUGAGUUUUAAGUUUUUUGGUCCGAUAUUUGUACAGUUAUCUUUCUGAAAAAGUAUCUUGUUUGUUGCCAAACGGUUGCCUAAAUGCUUAUAUCUGAUUAGUCCCUACUGCUCAGGCUGUUGCCAUGGAUACCCAGCCUGUUAAGCGCCAUAUAAGGGUGUGUCCAGUGCGACCGUAGAUGUUGUGCAGGCUCAAUAGUCUAAAGUGACUUCCUCUCCAUCUGCACUGAUGAGGAAGACCUGGACAGGUAACCUCUAAUAUCCAGUAGCCUUCUACCAUAUUCAUUUCAGCUGUCCUCUUUUCAGAUCAGUGCAUAUGAAGGUGGAGACCAGCAGAGAAUACCCCUCUAGUCUUAUGAUGUGGCUGUAGUUACACAUAACAGUUGAUUGGUUGGCUUAUCACUUUGACCCACCCCUCUUGUUCUGCUGGCUGGUUAAGCUGCCCUUCUGUAAAUAUCAGAGAUGAUUGGUUCUUUCUGUAGCGAUGGCAUCACCUGCCCUUUAACCUUCUAAAAUACUGUUGGUUUUUUUUCUUCCUGUGAACUUGUUGAUCUUAUCUUUUUUAAAUAAAUAAAAUCUGUAAUCUAA